ACACUGAGCCGAGCGGCCCUGGGCAGUCAGUCAGCUAGCUCCUGGUCUGGUUGCGCCGGUGCCCCGCUACGGCGCGGCACUGCUGCGGUGACCCCGCCGAGCGCCCCGCAGGCUCUGCGGAGCUUUGUGUCUGCAGUAUGGGAGCGAACCGGGCUCCGGCAGCCGUGGGGGCAGGUCGAGGCGGGGGUUGGGCUUAAGGGCGGCUAGGAGGAAGCUUUGUGUGCACUCCGAGGGGACGAGCGGGCGGUGGCAGCAGGGAGAGAAGAUCUGGUCGGACGUCUGCAGCCGUCGGCUCCCGAGCUGCCCCCUCGCGCCUCUUCGGCCGCACCACAGAAUCUAGGGGCCGUGAUCACAAUGGCCAGCGAGAUCGACAACCUGAACAGCCACGAAGCAAAGACGGUAUGCGAGGCGUUGGGGCGCUAUGAAGACACGCUGCGGGGCGCUGUCCGGGAGAUCCACGUGGACAUUCAGGUGUUCAAGCAAGGCGUGAGCAGGCAGGUGGAUGAGGUGCUGCGUCUCGCUAGCCCCCUGGCACGCACCGUCUCAGAGUUGCAGCAGGAGAACCAGCGCCUGCGGGUGCAGCUGGAGCGUCUCGCUCGGCAGGUGGAGGCCCUUGGCCGGUCGGCGGGGCUGCCGCAAGAGUGGCAGGAGGAGGCAGAGAGGAGCCCUCCAGCUGUGGGACCUAGCUCUCCAGUGCCGGCUUUUUCUGGAGACAGGUUCUCCACCCUUGCGAAGCUAGCAGUGUCUGGUCGGAGCCAAAGUGUAGACCUGGAUGACCACCACAAACCUGAGUUUAGAAGAGUUUUUAGUUCUUCCCUCAUUGAAAAUGGGCAUCAGUCUUCAUCAGGCCAGGCAAAAGCCUCCCAUGAGCUGACCUCUUUUUACAUGUCAGACUCUUCCCCUGAGGCCCAUGCUCCUGCAAUGACCUUACAGAUGCCACACCUUCCUGUUACUGCAGUAACCAGAAUAUCAGAGAAGUUUUCAGGAGAAAACAUCCAUUCAGCAGGAACAACUAAUGCAUCCACUGGCCUGCUCGGACAAAACCAGAGCAAAAAUGAGAUGACACUGAAAACUUCCAACCAGUCAGUGAGAACAAUGACUUCAUCUGCCAAUGGAGUGAAUGCCACCUCUGUCACUAAGCCUGUCUCUACUGCAAGCUAUGAGGCAAGUAGUGGAAACAAAACUGGUGAAAGUGCAGCUGACAGUUACUGUGGUAUGACACCCAAGGCUCACUCCUCUCCUCCUACUGUACAUCGCCAAGUUGAAAGGAGGCGAGAACUGGUGAGGUCUCAGACGCUUCCUCGAACUACAGGAACACAGGCCAGGAAAGCACUUUUUGAGAAAUUUGAGCAAGACAGUGGAAAAGGAAAAGGACAAUCCAGAGCUAAACUGAAGAGAUCGCAGAGUUUUGGGGUUGCCAGUGCUAGCAGCAUUAAACAAAUUUUGUUAGACUGGUGUCGCUCAAAAACCAUAGGAUACAAGCACAUUGAUCUCCAGAACUUCUCCUCAAGCUGGAAUGAUGGGAUGGCAUUCUGUGCUCUUGUACAUUCUUUCUUUCCUGAGUCUUUUGAUUAUAAUAAGCUUGAUCCAGCUAACCGCAAGCAGAACUUUGAGCUGGCUUUCACAAUGGCUGAGAAAAUGGCUCACUGUGAUCGUCUGAUAGAAGUGGAUGACAUGAUGAUGAUGGGCCACAAGCCAGAUCCCAUGUGUGUCUUCACCUAUGUCCAAUCUCUGUACAAUCAUCUACGACACUUUGAAUAAAACCAUCACCGCCUGUCCAGCCAGAGGGAUCGAGUAUAUUAUGCUAAUGGAAAGACUGACAUUUUGCAAAUAGAACACUGUUAGUUCUUGCAAGCAUGUGGACAGUAAAAAGCAUUCAAUUGUAUUUGCUGACUGAAGUGUUACUGAGCACUGCCUAUGUACUUUUGGUGCUAAUAGUAGGUUGAAUUUUUAAUAUUCUUUUAAAGAUUACAGGAAGCUAAAUCUCAGCUCCUGUCUCUGUUAGAAUCACAGAAUGGCUUGGGUUGGAAGGGACCUUAAAGAUCGUCUAGUUCUAAUCCCACUGCUGUGGGCAGGGUUGCCACUCACUAGGUCACGUUGCUCAAAGCUGCAUCCAGCCUCGCCUUGGAUACUUCUGGGAAUGGGGCAUCCACAACUUAUCUGGGCAACCAGUUCCAGUACCUCACUGUCUUCAUGGUAAAUAAAUUCUGCCUAAUAUCUAAUCUAAAUCUGUAACUUCUUUUGGUAGGGUAACUCCUUGUCCUGUUGCUACGUUACUGGGCUAGAGACGGUUUUAAAUACAAGUAAUUCUGCUAUGAAGAUGAUCCCUCCUAAAAAUACGGGUAAAACUCUAGGAGGCAGCCACUUCACUUCCACUUCUUUGCUCAGCAUACCACAAAAGUAAUAGCAGACAGACAAGAAAAAUCCUGUUUAACAAAUUUAGCAAUAUUACCACCAUCCCCAUCCCACUUCAGCAAACAUGCGUGCAUGCACACAUGCACAUGUUAAAUAGGCACCAUUCUAAACUCUGGAAAGCAGUGGUCCAGCGUGACAGGAAUGAAGCCUUUACAACUUGUUCAGUCCUCAUGUUUUCUCUAAUGCGGCCAAGCAGUGUUUCCAAAAAAAGAAGUGUGAAAUAUGUAGGAAUUCUAAAAUGCCUUGGGCUAGUAUCUGGUUUCAAUUAAAUUAAUGUUAAAUCAACAAUGUCUCCAUUAACUAGAGUGGGUUUACACCAGAAUUGCUAGACAAAAAGUUUGUGUUUUAUCUUUUCUGAUUUCCUGUUUGCUAAAUAAACAUAGCUUUGUUUUCACAUUGAACAUUGUAAACAAAAACACUAAACAAGCAUAUAUUUUUUUUUCCUAGGGCCUUUUAACUUAUUCCUUUCCUUAGAAUAAUCUACAUAAAGUAAAAACUGCUAGCCACAAGCCCUCUACUCAUGCUAGAAAAUGGGUUUCUAACCUGCAAUUAUUUGUGCUCUUUGUAGAUAGUUAUAAAGGUGACUUUGGCUCUGUGUUGAUGGCCAUUUAUAAUAAAACACGUCAAAUGUUCUUUAGAAUUAUUGCUUCUCUAUAGAAGGAUUUUAUUUUAUCCUUCCUUUCUAGUGCAGUUUACUUAAGAAACCAUGAAUGAAGCAACCACUUUAUCAGAAGUCUGGGGGGAAAAAAAAAAAAGGCAUGUAAAGGUAGAGUAUAAGCUAACUGCGCAAGAGCUGGAUCACCAAGAUCUGUCCAAAGUGUGCCUAGCCUGUUUCUAUAACAUGUUGGAAACAGCUUGAAAGCACAUUUUAAAUGCACAUCUUAGUAUGUAUCUGAAAGAUAUAUGAUCGGACUAGCAGUAAUCCCAGGUACUUCUCACACAGGUUUAGUGCAAGUGGACAGGGGUCAGGCAGGUUAUUUGUGAUGUGUCUGCCAUUAUUGUCUUUGGUUUUUAACUUUUUUUGAAUGAUCAUAGUUCUGAUGAACAAGUGUGUAUCUGUUUCUCCAACAAAUGCUCUGUAAAAAUGAACAAACUGUAGCUGUGUUUUGGAGAAAUGAUCAAAUUAGGCACAGUGAGAAAUCAGUCUGCAGUAGGUAUGUGAUGUGCAUAUUUCCAUUCUUAUAGCAGAAUACUUUUUAUUGACUAGCAGAGCCAAGUUUCACUGCAGCUGUAUUACUGGCAGUAGCAGCUUUAUACAUUUAUUUUCUUCACAGUCCCAGCUCAUGAAUGAUUGUCUUGUGUGAGUGAUAGAGACAUGGUUAAGUGCGUGGCCAAUUUUGGUCUAGUAGCAAAUAAUUAUAAAAAAGGAAAUUCUAGGCAGAAGAAGUUUAGUCAAUUCACUAAGAGGAAUUAACAUUUUUGCUACAGUUCAGCUUGUUCACAUCUACCCAAAAGCUAUUUGCACAGUUUCCAAAAUUUCUCCCACUUUAAAGAGACAAUCAUAAAGACAUCUUGCCAGCUGGGGAGUGGAAGACUGUAAGCUGGUAUUAACUCCUGAUGGUUUGUAUAUAAGGGCAUGAUAGAUAUCAUAUUAUUGCAUAGUUAUAGAAAAGUACAGUGCAUUAAAAUGCAUUAAGAGAAUGCCUGAUCUAUAAUAUAUAGCCUGGAUGAGAUUGUAUGAUUAAAUUUAAUAAUGUAUGUAAAGUAUGCCCCUGAUGUUUUUUUAGUGUUUUUAGUUAAAAGUAAUACAGUGUGUAUGAAUAUGAUGGUAAAUGUAUUUAACAUGAAUGACAAAAGAACAAUGUAUUAAGUCAGCAUAUUGUAUUUUACACAGAAGGAGGGUGUCUUGGAUUUUUUUUAAUACAGUUUCUGCACUGUAUCUAAAAUUCACUACUAUCUCAGAUAGUUUAUUGGCAUCUUUAUCCUACUUCUAAAGGCUAGAUCAAUUUGUUCUGUGUCAGAUUUUCAAAAUAAUCCUAGCAGAGCCAUUACCUACUGUUUAGGUGAUUAUAUUUUUCAAUGCUAAAACUUCCAAAACCCAAACAUGUUCAGCCUUUAAACACACUUUGUUCUCUUUAGUCAGUGUUUUUGUUUACAAGCUAUUUCUGAGCAGUUUUCCUUAGAACAUAGCACUGAAAUAAACUACAUGCUGGAGAAUUAA